AUGAACAUUUUAUCAGUUAAAUAUAUAAAUGGUCUUGCUAGAAGCAAUAUUCUUCUUAGAAAUUUAAAGAUAAAAAUAAGAAAAUAUGAAGUAGCACGUGAAUUUCAUACAUGUAUAAAAUAUAAUAAUAUUUUAAGAGUUGAUAAAAAAUUCUAUGAUACAUUUAACUGUGAAAAAAGCUUAGAUGAAACAUUAAGCAUUGUUCAUAAAUUUCUGAAUGAAAAUAAUUUCUAUGCUUAUAUAAAAAAUAAGGAAGAUAAUGAACAUGACUUAACAUUUAAAAAAGUAGAAAAUGAAGCAGAUAUUUUUAAGUUAUUAAACAUAUUAAAUAAAAUAUUUGUUAUAAUUGAGAAAAAUGAUGAUUUAAAAAUAAAAAUAUGGAAAAAUGAGAUAUUUCUUGACUUUAUGACUUACUUUAAGAUAAAAAUUCCUGUUUUUAAUUUUCAUGAACUAUUUUUAUUUGUAUUAUGUUUUUCUAAAACACAAUUUAUGCCACAAAUUCUACUAAAUGAAAUUCUGCAAGUAGCAAAAGAUGAAACUUAUUUAAGUAGCUUUUUCAACGAUCAUAGAGAGAAAUUUUUCCAAUUUCUAUUUCUUUUAUCAAAUAUAAAAAAUAUAAAAAGUAGUUCUGUUAAUUCUAGUUUUUCAACUUUUAUAAAUAAUUAUAUUAAGGUAGUUUUAAAUAAUAUUCAAGAAAAUGAAAUAAGCAAAGUUAAAGAAAAAAUACAUGAAGAAGAUAUAGAAAAAAGCAAUCAAGAAAUUAAAGAUAAAUAUUUAACAAUUGAUUGUUACAUGCUACUGUGCAGCUCCUUAUAUAAUUUUAAUAUAAGAAAUUUCUCUUUAUUUUAUGAAAUAAGCAAUCAAAUAAUAAAAAUAUUAGAUAAUACAAACAAAGGAAUAGAGGAAGUUGAAAUAGCAAAGAAAUUAAUUAACAUAUAUUUUUCUUUUUGUUCAUUAGGUUAUGAUAAUUAUUAUUUUUAUGAUAAAGUAAAUUCAUUUUUAUAUAAUGUUAUUGAUUUUCUACCAUUACCUAGUUGUGUAACACUAUUAUUAUGCAUUUCUACAAUGAGAGAAGAAGUAAAUUUCAACUUUCCUUUAUGUAUCUUGUCAUUAUUAGAAAAAAAUUUUAUAAACAAAUUUUAUGUACUUGAUGAUAAAGAUUUAUUGCUAUUGAUAUACCUUUUUACUUAUUUAAAAUUAUACAUUUCACAUUAUGAGUCAUAUAUAUGUAUGUUUGAAUACUUAUUUAAUUUUAGAAAUUUUAAUUUAUCAAAUGAAGAUGAUAAGGUAAAAUUAUUUCAAAUUUAUGUUUCAUUAGUUAAAACUAAUAAUAAAUCUAGUAAAAUUGAAAUAUUGAAAGAUGAUAUUAAUGAAGCAAAAAAAGAUAAUAUGGAAUCAUCUUUAAAUGAAAAAGAAAAUCAAAAUAACAUAAAUAAAUUAAUUGUUGAAAAAUUAGAAAAUAUAGAUGUUAUUAAUAAGAUCUUAAAAAAUAUAGAACUAGAUAGUGAGCAAAAUGCUCCAGAAUUGAAUAAAGAUAUAAAUGAGAAUAUAGAUAUUAUAUAUUCAUUACUAAAUGAAUUUAACAACAAAAUAUUUAAAGUUAAAAAAAUCCGAAAAAAUGAAGUUCUCUUUAAUUAUUAUUUGAAUCAUAUAUAUAUAGUUGUACAUAAAAUAGAUAACUCAGAAAAAGAACAUCAAGUUAUUAUUCAUUUUGAUACUAGCACAUUUGAUAAUUUCAACAACCCUAUAGAUAUAUAUACAAAUAUGAAAAAACAACAUAUACAUAACUUAAAUAUUAAAUACAUCUUAAUUAAGUUAUGCUUAUGGAGAAAUUUCACCCUUGAAGAAAAAAAAAAAUUCUUGACUUACGAAAUAGUAAGUAAAUUAUGA